AUGACGGCACCAAAUCGUCAUAAGCACAAUGCAUUAAACCACGAGUUGCAAAGAGAACAACAAUACGACAUUAUAGCAUUGACCGAAACAGUUCAUACAAAUGUUCCACAAUUAAAUCAACAACAAAAAAUUGCGUACAACACUUUGAUAGAAGCCGUGAACAGUGGAUCUGGUGGAAUUUAUAUCUUUGAUGCUCCCGGAGAAAUCGAAAAAACGUUCUUAAUUUCAUUGCUUUUGGCGAGGAUCAGAUGGCGAAAUGAUGUUGCUCUAGCGUUGGCUUCAUCUGGAAUAGCUGCGACACUGCACAUUCUGCCUUGA